GAGGACAGACCGAACAAGAGCCCACGCGAUUCGGCACUAACGCGGCAUCGAGUGGAUAGGAGAAACAGGUUGGCACGGUAACUCUUGGAAGGAAAUGAACACGGGCUGCAGCAAGUCGACGCUCAUGAUAUCAUGAUCGUUGUGCAAACAAAGAUUCAAUCGACCUCGAGGCACAUACCGUGCAUUCGAGAUCUCCCAUAGACGGCAUGGAAAGCGCUAGGUGCUACCAAAUAUGAAGUCAAAGGUCGCUUUGUCUCGGAGCGGAUCCAGAACGACCUGUCGCUUUAGAAACCCAGAAAAGUUAAAGCUUCCGGCGGAAGGAAGCCUGUUGACUUUGCCUGCGAAGAUGUGGAAUCUGCCGAGGACAAAGGGCAGUUCAAAGUUAAGUCCAGCAAUAUAUAAGCAGGCUUCGAACGUCGAGAGGAAGAGCAUAACCACUCCUCAACUGCCUGAUCGUCUGCUCUCAAGCGCUUACUGCUCUCCCUCGACUCUUGUUUUCCGCACCACCCUUAGACAACUAACAACCAUGAACCACGCAUCGUACCAACAGCCAGGUCAGACUGGUCAAUCUGCGAUGGGGCAACCUGCUCGGGGCCCGCAGAUCUGGGGCUUGGAGACACAGAUGAACGCUCUCGGGAACGUAGCACAUACUGCUCAGCUUGGCCUCUCUUCUCGGGCGCCGCAACAUGCUGCCCAGCAUAUGACACAUUCAGCACCCAACGCCCAUUCGAAGGACAGGUGA